AUGAAGGCCUUGUCACCUGGAAGAGCGCCUGAAGCGCCUGCAGUCUCGGUCGGCCCCUCCUCCACACCCGCCCCCAAGGCUAGCCCCUCCCCUAAGCCUGAGGACACGCCCGAGAAGAAUGAGACUGCAGCCGAGCCAACACAGGGAAGUGAUUUGCCUGUAGUGCCUUCAGACUCGGACAAAAACUCCACAGAUGACUCCGCCCCUAAGAGUAGCCCCUCCCCUAAGCCCGAGGACACGCCCGAGACGAAUAAGACUGCAGUCGCGCCAACAGAGGCUGUACCCGCUCCAUCAGGCAGCAGCAGCCCAGCUGAAACUACAGACAACAAACAACAGGCAGGACAAGCUACUGAAGACGGCAAGGAAGCGAAAACAGAUAAUAAGAUCCUGUGGGUUCUGCUGCCGGUGUUGGUGGUGUGUGUGGCCGGAGUCAUCUUCAUACUCAAGUACAAAUGCAUGAAGGUGCAGGAGCACAUAGAGCCAACUGAAAACGGAACAGAGAACGCCUCGUUCCAGCGGUCGGAGAGCAACAAAGAUGGCGUCAUGCUGUUGGGGGUGAAGUCGUCUGGAGCUGAAGAGAACGCGGCCGCCCGAUAAUCUGAAGGUCAUCUGGAAGGUCACAGCGGAACACUACCGACCCUGGCCUGGCUGAAGGUCACCAUGACAACACUACCGACCCCCUGGCUACACCCCCCAAGUCCAAAACCGGAGGACGAGGAGUGGAUACAUCCUACUAUGACCUGAGGAGUAGUCCAAGAACAUGCUUAAGUGAUCACAAAACAGGCUUAGUUACCUUACAGGAAGUGCUAAACCUGCUAACAGAUAGCCCAGUUAUUCAACAAAAUGUAAACUCAAUAGCCAGACUACAUGUGACGGUGUUCCGUUUUCAGAGACGAAGUCGAAAUAUACCAGCUGGUUAAGGCCUCCAGGCCCUUCUAUGUGAUAUGAUUUACCACAACCUCAAGCCAAGGUCAACUUCACCUGUUUUACUACUGAGCCAUGUUCUUGGAAUACCCCACAGGAUGUGCAUGAUGGGCAAGCUGGAUUCAACCUAGAUUUACAAUCCAGUGCCACAGAUUCCAAAUUGCCUGCUUUUACCUUCCCAAUUCAAUCAGGGAAUUGUUAAAUUGGGCAGGUCAAACAAGGUCAUUUUGAAUAUGUGGCACAGGAUUGUAGCUUCUGUAUCCAGGUUGCCACUAGUUAUCACUAUGACCACAUCAGGGUGAUAUCAGAGAGCACAAGUCCUGCUGCCCCACAUGUUACUGCUUUCAGCCAGUUCACUACAACAUUUGAUAUCGAAGAGGAAUGAUUGAUUAGCAACAUCACAGUCGAUGUUGACAUCACAGGCAGAAAAAAGGAAAGGGAAGGCAUGGACCUCUACUCAGGUGCUGUUUCCACGUAGCAGGAUAUUUAUUUUAGCAGGGUAUUUUUUUCUCCUGUUUAGGUGUAAACGCAACAUGUGGAUAAAAAUAAAUCCUCCAUUGUAACAAAUGUGUUUCAGCCCCCUAAAUAGGAUAUUUUUUUCUCCUGCUUUUUAUACCUGGAUUUUAAAUAUCUGCUACGUGGAAACGGAAGGCCAAAACCAAUGCAAAACCAAUGCAACCAGGAGAAUUAAAAAUAUCCACAUAUAAAAAAUAUCUAGCUACGUGGAAACAGCGCCUCAGUCCAGCAUGACCGCCUCUGUACCCAGUUUCUCGAAAGCAUCAUUGCUAACCAGUUAGCAUAUUCCUUGGUUCUUCAUGGGAAAUUGCAUUGCAACCAAGUAAGUUGCUACCUUAGUUAGCUAUGACAUUGUCGAGAAACGCACCCUGGUUAAGUCAAAUGGUAAAUAGAGCACAUGAGAACCAGUUAUGUGUGUAUUGCUUAGAUGAAACAUGAUACUGUGUGCAUAGGCUAACGUGUAUACAGCGUGACUGAUAGGCAAACCUUAGUAACCAUUUCAUUUGUUAACCAAUAAGAAACUAUUUUAUAGGGCAGGAUGGUUCUAUUCAAAUCCAAAAAAAACAUUUGUUUUUUUUGUAUAUGUGUUUGUUUUUGUUUUGUUUUGAUAUGCAAUCCACUGACAAAAUGGAUCGUUCCCAUUGCCUGUCUUUGUCAGUAUAUUAUGUCAGUAAUUUGUCAGUAUAUAAUCUUGCUGUACACACGGUCUCUUACACUGAAUACACAAAAAAUCUGCUGUAUUAUAUUUGGGCCUUUCUCAUUGAUGUUUGUUGGAGGGAAAAUUGGCAGGGUUUUUAUUUCUGAACUGGAUUUUUGGAUUGAACAUAGUUGCUACGUUUACAUGAGACAUUUCAUUCUGAAUUAGCUCACUUUAAUUCUGAAUAAAUCUUUAUUCCGCUUUGAAAACCUCAACACUUCUUAAUUCAGAAUUAACUGAAAGAUCGAAGUAAACUCGACGGAGCUAUUUGAUUCUGAAUGAUUAAUUAAAAACGCCAUGUAAACAUAAUCAUUGUCGUAAUAAGCUACUGCAACUCGGGCUCAGCAACUUUCAAUACUCAUGAACGGCGUGACGUUGUCCAUGUGCGUUACGCCCAUUUGUGGGGGAAAACAACCCAUGCAAGUCAAUUGGUGAUGUUGGGGUUUAAUAAACGUAAGAUACAGACCUGUUAACUAUCGUUGUUCACGCGCAACAUGCCGAAAACGUGUUGUGUUGCCGGCUGUUCAAAUAAUAUAGCCAAACAGCCGUGGCUGAAGCAUGGAAUGUGUUCAUUUAGGCUAGCCGAUUUAGCAUGUAAGUCAAUGAGACAUUCGGUUUGUUUUCACCCAUAAAGGGGCGUAACGCAAAUUUAAGAGCAAAGUACCCGGAUGGCCGUUCAUGAGUAUCCAGUGCCACCCUCCUCGUCAGCACAGGUGAGCUCACUAACAAGCUGUGUUAACGAGCAACAGGUGUGUUCAAUUGGCAAUUAUUCAAACCAAUAAUGGCUGGUGUGGGGAUGUAGAAAUUACAACCUGGUUGCCCCAUAGCAGUCAGUGUGUUGAAGUCAUUUGUUGUAAUGUGUUUUAUGUAGCCUGAUAAACCAGACUAAAUGUGGAUGUCUAAUUUAGUCUGGCCUUGAUGCAUAAUACAUCCGAAGAUUGUUGAUGAGAACAACCUUCCCUCAAAACCCUGCCCACUUUGAUUCAAAACACAUCUUUGCGUUGUAAUUGGUUUGCCAGAUUCAUGGCAUUCUGGCUUCAUUGAAUCAUUAUGCGAGGCCAGACCCACCCGUAGACAAAACAUUUUGCCGUCCAGCGGGUGGCGCUGGUUCACCAGGCUAUGUUUUAUGUUCAGAACUUUUACUUUUUGGCCUUGCCGUGGCUGAAGCAGUUGGGCACUGCACUGUUACACCCGGCGGCCCGGGUUCGAGUCUAGCCAGGGUCCUUUGCCGGCCCUUCCACGUCUCUCCCUCCCCUCUUGCUUUGCCGGCCCUUCCACGUCUCUCCCUCCCCUCUUGCUUUGCCGGCCCUUCCACGUCUCUCCCUCCCCUCUUGCUUUGCUGUCUAUCUCACUGCCCUGCCAGUAACAGGGUUGCCAGAUGAGGCUGAUGAUUUCCAGUCCAAAAAAAAUGCUUAAAACCCUCAUAGAAGCACAAAAUCCCGCCCAAUUCUAUUGAUUUCUAUGGCAAAAAUUGGGCGGGUUUUUCUGCUAAAUGCCAUUUUUUCACACACACGGCCAUCCUAAGCAGCCCAAUUGGGCGGGAAACAGCCCAAUCUGGCAAAACUGGUCAUUAAUAAAGGCUCAAAAAGCAACAACAAAAAAAAACUUUAAAAAAGGAAAAAAACUUGUACUUUUAUGUUCAAAGCUUUUUCCAGACAAUUAUGUUGCUAGUGUGCUGCCUUGCAGGCAAAUGCUGUGCCUUGCAUUUUGACUUUUCACAAUUUACUACAGACACAGUUUCCAUUCAGACGUAAAAUGUCCAUGUGUCUUGUCUUUGAAUUGUAGGCAUGUACACAUUUUGUAUCUUGCUUUAAAACCUAUUUCAUUCAUGCUGUGUGUUAUGUGGGCAUGUUACCGUUCAAAGCUAUUUCGGGAAAACAUGCUCUUCAUAAGUAGGCCAACAGCUGUGUUUCACUGCUGUCAAUCACUGUUACUGCUGUUUAAUAAACUAUCUACUGUCUAUCCUAUAGCAUGAAUCAAUUAUUUAAAUCAAACAAAAACAGUUAACAGUUCACCAAAUACCAUAGACACAAUACACACUUGUUGCAUUCAUGUAAACUGCUGAGGUUAUGGCGCAUAUUUGUUGUUGAUUUUUGAUGUUGUUUGUUUGCUUUUAUUUGUACAUUCAUGAUUUUGUUGAUCUCUGUAUUACAUAAAAUUUAGUUGUGCCUGCACGCCCAUAAGAAGUCAGUACUAGAAUAAAAUUUUCACAAACUAUGCAUUGUCAUCUCUGAAUCUACUGUAAGCCCUCUUAAUAAAAAAUAAAAAUCU